AGCCUCGUCUCUUUGUUUUUGUUUUUUUUUUUCCUCUCCCAAACCCAGGCUCUCCUGCUUUUGAGCGUAAAUAGUAGCUCUAUGUGGCCAGCUGGUAUUAAACUGAGGACAGCUUCAAAACACGGUCUUCCCCUCUAAGGAUUAGACCUCUGUCAAGACAUGGAGCCCUUGACAGUAGACGAUGACAUCUGCAUCCUUAAACACGAGACGGCCUACACACCCGCCGGAGAGAGCCCCGUGUCGGUGUGUGCCGGCGACGAGUCUGUGGCCUCUCACUUCGCCUUGGUCACGGCCUACGAGGACAUAAAGAAGAGGCUCAGAGACACGGAGCGGGAGAACACUUUGCUCAAGAAAAGGGUGAAGCAGUUAGAGGAAAAGAGCCAGCCUGGUUGCAAGUCACAAAACUCAGAUAGCUGUGAAGUGCAGUUCUUCAGGCCAGAGGCUCCUCCAUCAGAGGGUCCCCAUUAUGUGAACAAGGCCUUCAGCGCCUACAGAGGAAUCUACAUCGAGAAGGAGGACCUGCAGAUGGAGCUUAAUAAACUGAAAAAGGAGAAGAGCGAGAGUGAGAGGCUGCUGACGGAGCAGCUGCAAGCCAAAGAGUUAGAGCUGCUUCAACUGAGGACAGAGAUGGAGACCUCCCAAGGUACAGUGAUGAAGAGCCUGAACAGCCCCCAGGACUGCUGGCAGAUGGAGAGAGUCGACACGGAGCUGCAGAUCCGCAAACUGCAGGAGGAGCUCGGGAGGGUGACGCUGGAGAACAGCCGGCUGCUGGAGAGAAGCACGGAGGAAUCACAAGGCCUUAAUGGACCAGACUUGAACCAGACAGGUGAUGGAAAGCAUAACACAAGGGAGAAGAACAUCCAGCAGACGUACACAGCUCUGUGCUUCGAGGUCACCCGUCUCCAUUCAGAGCUGAGGCACCAGACGAGCCUGAUCAGGAAGCUCCGACAAGCUGCGUCAACAGUCCCGGUCCAGUGUUUGGACGACGUGGAAAAGAACAACAACCUCCCAGUCAUUCGGGCCCCAGUGCCCCGCCCCCCCAGUGCCCCGCCGGUCCCCUCGUGCUCCGGCCGUCCCUGUCCCGCCGUGGUCGGCUCGGCGGGCGCCCCUCUGCCAGACAGCCUGAGGGAGGACUGCUGGUACAACGGGCCCUGGCCCUCUCAGAGCUGUCUGGUGGAGGCGCUGGUCGGCAGCGAGGCCUGCGCCGUCGUGCUGCCCCCGCCCCCCCUGAAUCAGGCCUCCUUGGAUGACAGUUCGCGCUCCUUCCCCAGUCCCCCCAAGCCCACCGACGCCAUGUUCUGGGAGGGACACUCCAAUGCGUCCACUUCGUCAUCCUCGCUGGGAAACUUCACUCCAAUGAGCCCACCCAACGCCGAGUGGGCCAAGCCGUAUUGAUUAGACUGACGAGUAAUUGCUGGGCGGAAAUCCAAGAAAUAAAGAAGCGGAUAAAGUCUCCAGCUCGGCCACAUAGCUACCACCUAACUUGCCUUAAGCGUAUUUAGCCACUCAUUUGGUGGUGAACUUGAUUGGGCCUCCUUGUCGUGGGAACUAAAUAUGGCCAGAGGAGGUCUUUUUGAGGUAAAAAACUGUUAUCUCUGCACGCCGCAUCGGCGAACAUAUCCAACUUUACAGAGAGAAAAGCUGACCCUCAAAAAAAAAAAAGAAAAAAAGAAAAAAAAAAU